ACCUGACAAAGAAAUCAUUCAGAAUGGGGAUCAUAUGAUCAUUAAAACGCUGAGCACUUUUAGAAACUACAUCAUGGAAUUUGAUGUAGGAAAGGAGUUUGAGGAGGAUUUAGCUGGGGUGGAUGAUCGCAAAUGCAUGACCACUGUGUCUUGGGAUGGAGAUAAACUUCUUUGUGUACAGAAUGGAGAAAAAGAAGGUCGUGGUUGGACCCAGUGGAUUGAAGGAGAUGAAAUGCACCUGUUGGUUUUCAGCUCUUGCCACCAUGCCUGCUGAUUACAAUGGGACGUGGGAAAUGGAAAGCAAUGAAAACUUUGAAGGAUACAUGGUUGCUUUAGGUAUUGAUUUUGCAACUCGUAAGAUUGCGAAACAUUUGAAACAAACAAAGGAGAUUGUUCAGGAUGGUGAUAACUUCAAAACAAAAACACUCAGUACUUUCAGAAACUAUGAACUGAAUUACACUGUGGGAGUGGAGUUUGAAGAGCACACCAAAGGCCUGGAUGAUCGAGUGGUAAAGACACUAGUGACCUGGGACGGUGACAAACUGGUAUGUGUUCAGAAAGGUGAAAAGAAAAACAGGGGCUGGAAGCACUGGAUUGAAGGAGACCUACUGCAUCUGGAACUGACAUGUGAAGACCAGGUGUGCCAUCAGGUAUAUAAGAAGAAAAAAUAAAACUGAUCAGAAAGCUGCACCAUUAUGCAGUUAUGUUUUGUCUAAAGAGAAGAACCAAGCCAGAUUUGCAAUAAUUCUUCAACACCACCUUGAGAAUGUGUUGUAUGCCUGUUUAUGGAAACAAACACAUUUUAUAGAAAUAACAUCAAACAGUUACAAACAUCAUAAAUUCCUUUGUAUUUCAGUCUGGAGUUAAAUAAAAGUAAUUGUCUUUCAAA